UGGACUACAUUCUACAAGAUGAAUCAGAAAAGAAAAGACUUCACAUUGACUGGAUUCCAAAAUCAUUCCCACAAAAAGUAAUUCGAGCACCUGUUCCAUGGCACUCAGUAUUUGCAACACGGAAAGUUUUCAUAGAAACACGGUUGUUUAUCACAAACCCCAUCAUGUUGAAGCUGCAGAACCUGUGGUUUAAUGAGUUCUGCCACCUGCGCUUUGUAAACAUCCAAAAACUUCUGGCAGUUGAUCUACCUCUUCUGCCAGCUGAAUUUGAAUCUCUUGUCAAGACGCAGUGCUGGGAAGCUCACGAGUUUCUCAGAAAAACCUGGAUCCCAACUUGUGCCAAACUGUUUGUGGAUAACAGUGAGUUGUGGCAGGACUUAGUUCCCCCAGGGGAGUAUGACAACACCGAGCUCAUUCAAGAAUUUUUUUCUUGUGUUGCAUCUCUUAUGUCACUGCAGCUUCGUUCCAUGGUUAUCAACUCUCUAAAAGACUUUUUGGACUUUAUAAGAAUUCAUGAGGCUGGCAAUGACUUUGAAGAAUACAGUGAUCUUACCUUUGUCCAGAGACAAAUCAUGUUGAUGAAACUGAAAAUUGAAGAACCAAAGAUUAUUUUUGAACCAACAUUCAGAGAACUGAGAGAUAUUGUUCUCAGAUGUUUCUCAGAGAUAAUUGCCAGUGGUGAAGGACUAACACGGGUUGAGUGUGAUCUUUUCCCAGACCUAAGGGGUCAAAGGCUGUUGCUCCGGUCAGUGAAGAUUGAUGAACUGUUGGUCACAGAAUUUGUGGACAGAGCAAUGGAAGUCUUCAGGAUCAACACAAUCGGACCCCAAAAGUACUUGAAUAUUUACAAAAAGUAUGCAGAUUUACUGAACGGUAAAGCUGACCAAGAAGUAUCUAGCUUCUUGAGAGAGAAACAUUCCAUUACUGGCUUCAAAGAGAAAAUUGAUUACUUCCAAAAUAUCAGAGAUGAGAUUUCACUUCUCCGAGUCACAGCCCCCCUGAGUAUGUUCUGCCUGGACUGUGUACAUUUUAACCAGGAGAUGUGCAUUCGGGCGCAGAGGCUGCGAGACAGAUUGGUUAUAUUUGAGGUUGAUGAAAACCGAGAUCUCAACAGAGCGCUGUCCAGGCGGUAUGAGGAAGUUCAAGACAGAAUUCAAGUUAUACCAGAAUCUACUAAAGAUCUAGUGGAACUGCAGAAUUUCCUUAAAACAUCAAAUGAUAUAACAAUUUACAAACUUCAAGAUGAAGUGCGUGAAGCUGGCUGCCGCUUGAUGUUCCUCCUUGAUUACGCAGAUUUACCUACGGAAGAUAUUAAACUGAAUACGGUUUUGUUCCACUGGCCGAGUCAGAUCUGCACCGUCUUAGACCACAGUCAGGGACGAAUCAUGAUGAAGAGGGACCAAAUUGAGGAGGAGCUCAAGAAACGUGUAGUCGCCUUCGAGGAGAAGUUGGAUAGCUACACCAAGGAAGUUGAAUCUUUCAAAAAGAAGGAGUAUAUGAGUCUUGAUGAAAUGAGACACAACGUUGAGGUGCUAUCGCGCCUUCAGGUGAAUGUUGAAGCAGCCAGGGAUGAAUUAGACCAGCUGCAGGAUGAACAAAGGCUGCUGGAGUGGGAAAUCACACCUUUCCCUCAGCUGGCCAACAUCAUUCAGCUGAAGGAGCCGUAUGACAAGUUGUGGAGGACUGCCUACAAUUUCUACAUCAAGAAUGAAAUAUGGAUGAAUGGUCCAUUUCAAAAACUGAAUGCUGUUGAGAUAGAGGGUGAGGUUGGAGAAAUGUGGCGCACAAUGUACAAGCUGGUGAAAACAUUUGUUGAUCAACCUGGGCCAAGACAUAUCGCCAACAAUAUCAAAGCUAAAAUUGACAAAUUUAAGGCAAACAUGCCAAUUUUAGCAACUAUAUGUAACCCAGGAAUAAGGAGCAGACACUGGGAACAGAUGAGUGAUAUUGUUGGUUUUGACAUAAGCCCCAAAGAAUCAACUGCCCUAGCCACCAUGCUGGAAUAUGGCUUGCACAAGCACCUGGAAAAACUUGAUGAGAUCAGUGCAAGUGCAGCCAAGGAGUAUUCAUUGGAGAAGGCGCUCAAUAAGAUGAAAGAAGACUGGAAAGACCUGAAGUUUGACCUUGUUCCCUACAGAGAAACUGGUGUCAGUAUCUUGAGUGCACUGGAUGACAUUCAGACACUGCUAGAUGACAACAUCAUCAAGGCACAGACAAUGAGGGGCUCACCAUACAUUAAACCAUUUGAAACUGAGAUGAGGGAAUGGGAAGAGAAGCUUGUCCUCAUGCAGGAUAUCAUUGAUGAAUGGCUGAAGGUGCAAGCAACUUGGUUGUAUCUAGAGCCAAUAUUCAGCUCUGAAGAUAUCAUGGCACAGAUGCCAGAGGAAGGUCGCAAGUUUAGUAUUGUUGACAGCUAUUGGCGGGACAUCAUGGCAGAAACUCUGAAGAAUACAAACUGCUUAGUGGCAACAGGCCAAAAUAACAUGCUUGGCCGUCUUCGCGAGGCCAACAUGCUUCUAGAAGAUAUUCAGAAAGGCCUAAAUGCUUACCUGGAAAAGAAACGUCUCUUUUUCCCCAGGUUUUUCUUCUUAUCUAAUGAUGAACUCCUGGAGAUCCUUUCUGAGACCAAGGACCCAAUGCGAGUACAGCCGCACUUGAAGAAAUGCUUUGAGGGCAUUUCCAAGCUGGAAUUUACAGAAAAUGGGGAAAUUAUUGGAAUGAUUUCAGCUGAGCAUGAGAUUGUGCCUUUCUCGAGCACUAUCUAUCCUGCAAAAGCCAAGGGUAUGGUAGAAAAAUGGCUUCUACAAGUGGAGGAUGUGAUGAUCAACAGUUUAAGGAAGGUCAUUGCCCAGUCGGUCUACGCCUACAAAACGACCGCUCGCAAGCGCUGGGUGCUUGAGUGGCCGGGGCAGGUGGUGCUGUGUGUCAGCUGCUACUUCUGGACCACAGAGGUGACAGAGGCAAUGAAGAGUGAGGGAGGCCUGAAGAUUUACCUUGAUCGAUGCAAUCGCCAAAUAGACCAGAUAGUUGAACUAGUGAGAGGAAAACUGGAAAGUGGGGCCAGAGUAACACUAGGAGCUCUUACUGUACUUGAUGUCCAUGCUCGAGAUGUUUUGUUUCUGCUGGAAAAGAACAAAAUUCGAAGUCCGUUAGACUUCAGCUGGUUGUCUCAGAUGAGAUACUAUUUUGAUACCAAAGACAUGUCAGUGCACAUGAUUACAACAGAGAUUGCCUAUGGCUAUGAAUACCUGGGAAAUUCUCCUCGUCUGGUCAUUACACCUUUGACAGACAGGUGUUACAGAACACUUAUGGGAGCCCUGAAAUUGAACCUUGGAGGAGCACCUGAGGGGCCAGCUGGUACUGGAAAAACAGAAACCAGUAAAGAUUUGGCCAAAGCUGUGGCUAAACAGUGUGUUGUCUUCAACUGCUCUGAUGGUCUUGACUACAAAGCCAUGGGGAAAUUUUUCAAAGGUUUGGCACAAGCAGGUGCAUGGGCCUGUUUUGAUGAGUUCAACCGAAUUGAGUUGGAAGUGCUGUCUGUGAUUGCUCAGCAGAUUCAGAGCAUACAGCAGGCUAUUGCCGCUCAUCUCAAGCGAUUCAUAUUUGAAGGGACAGAACUCUCACUGAAUCCAACUUGCACUAUAUUCAUUACCAUGAACCCCGGAUACGCAGGCAGGCAGGAGUUGCCAGAUAACCUAAAGGUGUUGUUCCGUACAGUGGCCAUGAUGGUUCCAGAUUAUGGGAUGAUUGGUGAGAUUCAGCUCUACUCCAUGGGAUUUGUUGAUGCCCGAAGUUUGGCCAAUAAAAUUGUGGCAGUCUACAAGCUGUGCUCAGAACAACUAUCAUCCCAGCAUCACUAUGACUACGGAAUGCGAGCUGUGAAGUCUGUGCUGACGGCCGCAGGAAACCUGAAGCUGAAAUAUCCCAAUCAAGAUGAAGCAGUUCUGCUGCUUAAAGCCAUCAGUGAUGUGAACUUACCCAAAUUUUUGGCUCAGGAUGUUCCGUUGUUUGGAGGCAUCAUUUCUGACCUGUUUCCUGGUGUGCAACUACCCCAACCAGACUACGGAGUAUUUUUGGAGUCAAUGCAAGACAAUAUAAAUAAACGUAAACUUCAGCCAAAUCAAUUUUUCAUUGACAAAGUGAUUCAGGUGUAUGAGAUGAUUCUAGUGCGCCAUGGGAUGAUGAUUGUUGGCGACCCACUUGGAGGAAAAACACAGUCCUAUCAAGUGCUUGCAGACACACUGGGAGACUUGAUGGAUUCCAAGAUGUAUGAUGAAUUCCGUACUAUCUAUCGCAUCAUCAACCCCAAGGCCAUCACUAUGGGACAACUUUAUGGAUGUUUUGAUGCAGUUUCACAUGAAUGGUCUGAUGGAGUUUUGGCCAACACAUUUAGAGAGUAUGCCAGCAGUCAGGAUGAACUCAGGAAGUGGAUUGUUUUUGAUGGUCCCGUGGAUGCAGUGUGGAUUGAGAACAUGAACACAGUAUUGGAUGACAACAAAAAGCUGUGCUUGAUGAGUGGAGAGAUUAUUCAGAUGAGCAACAAAAUGAACCUCAUCUUUGAGCCGGCUGAUCUAGAACAAGCCUCACCAGCCACUGUCAGUCGAUGCGGUAUGGUUUAUCUAGAGCCGCACAUCAUGGGCUGGCAACCAAGUGUGGAUUCCUACUUGAUGUACACCUUGCCACAGAACCUCAAGCCAGAUCAGAAGGAGUUGGUUGAACCUAGCCUGGACUUUGUCAAACGCAAAUGCAAAACAUUCAUUCAGACAUCAGAGAUACACCAGGUUCAGCAGCUGCUGCGUCUGUACACAACAAUGAUGGAUGAGAUUAUUGCCACACUGAAUGCCCUUGGAAGUGAGGGAUUGGACAUGGGCCAGACAGACCCUAAUUCUGAAUAUCUAACAGUGCAGCAGAUGACAACAUGGCUGCAGACCAUAUUCCUGUUCUGUGUUGUGUGGACCAUUGGUGGCACAGUCAUGGGAGACAGCAAGAAAGCUUUUGAUGAAUUCUUCCGAAACCUGAUCAGUGGUGUGGAUGAAAACCACCCAAAGCCAAAGAGUAUUAAACUUGCAAAGGGCAAUUUGUUCCCGGAGAGACAUACAGUAUUUGACUUUGCUUUUCAUAAGAAAGGAACUGGUUCCUGGAUUGACUGGAUGGAAACCAUUGACAAGGCUACAUGUGUUAUUCCACCUGGUGCCAAAGUGAGUGAUUUAACCAUUCCUACGGCAGAAACAGCAAGGCAGCAAUUUUUCCUCAACUUGUACAUGACACACGGCAUUCCCUUGUUGAUGAUUGGUCCAACCGGAACAGGGAAGUCAGCCAUCACUAGCAGCUACCUGCUGGCUCUGCCAAAGGAAUUGUACAUCCCUAACUGCAUAAACUUCUCGGCUCGUACGUCUGCCAAUCAGACACAAGAUAUUAUUAUGUCUAAGCUGGACAGACGCAGAAAAGGUGUGUUUGGGCCACCAAUGGGCAAGAAGUCUGUAGUUUUUGUGGAUGACCUAAAUAUGCCUGCCAAGGAAAAAUAUGGAGCACAGCCUCCAAUUGAACUUCUGCGACAGUGGAUUGAUCAUGGCCACUGGUAUGACAGGAAGGACACAUCCAAGCUCUUCCUCAAUGAUGUGCUGUUUGUCAGUGCAAUGGGGCCACCAGGUGGUGGCCGAAAUGACAUUACAUCCCGCUUUACUCGCCACCUGAACAUCAUCUCAGUUGAUGAGUUUGAUGACAAUAUUAUGAACAAAAUCUUCACAGCCAUCACCGACUGGCAUUUUGGGAACGGUUUUGAAGUCAGCUUCGUGAGAAAUGGCAAG